AUGCCCAGAAAUAACAGUGAUGAAGAUAUAAAUCAAGAGAUCUUGUUUCCUUUAAAUGUUGAUGAUCUAGGAAAUUGGGACAAAAUGCAAAAUAUUAGGGAUUUUCUAGUUGAAAGAGGUCCUAGAAAAGAUGAUGAUAUUUUGUUUCCUCUUGACAACACCGACAGACACUUCAAUACAUCACGUUAUAAGAGUUAUUCAAGACUCAAAAAAACCACAAUGAAACUUGGUCAUCUAGCUGACGAAGGAUACAAAGAUUGGAAGAAUAUCAGUCGAUGUCCCAGUCUUCAUGAAACUAAUAAAGAUCAUAUUGAUUGCAUGACUAGUUGGAUUGAAUUAGAAAGAAGACUUCGAAAGAAAAAGACAAUUGAUGAAAAUAUACAAGUAGCAAUUAACAAGGAGAGAGAACAUUGGAAACAAGUAUUGAAGAGAAUAAUUGCAGUUGUGCAAAGAAUUGCAAAGAAUAACUUGGCACUUCGGGGAGAUAAUGAGAAGCUUUAUGUUGAGAAUAAUGGAAUCUUUUUACAGCUAAUUGAAAUGAUUGCUGAAUUUGAUCCAAUAAUGGAAGAGCACCUUCGGCGUGUUCAAGAAAGACAAAUUCAUUACACUUAUCUUGGACCUAAAAUCCAAAAUGAAUUGAUACAGAUGUUAGCAGCUGAAGUAAGCAGUUCAAUUGUUGCAAAAAUUAAACAUGCAAAAUAUUUCACUGUCAUACUUGAUUGCACUCCAGAUGCAAGUCACGAGGAGCAGAUGUCCCUUGUAAUUAGAUAUGUGGAUGAUUCAAAAAAUGCAAUAGCGGUUGAAGAAUUUUGGAUUGGAUUUUUGAAAGUUAAUGAAACUUCAGGACUUGGGCUUUUUACAGAGCUUAAAAAUAUUUUGAACAAUCUCGAACUUGACAUUGAUAAUAUAAGAGGUCAAGGAUAUGACAAUGGAUCUAAUAUGAAAGGAAAAUAUAAGGGUGUAUAG